AUGAACAUAAGUAGAACUAAUCCGGCGUAUUUUGAACUGACUCUUUUUAUCGACUAUGGAAAUUUACGCUAUCUGUUUUUUGCUUUGUGCUUGUUGAUCUACAUGACGAUAGUCUCUGCCAACAUGGUCAUAAUAAUCACUAUUUUAUUAGAGAAGUCUUUACACCAGCCAAUGUACGUCUUCAUCUGCUGUUUAUCUGUGAACUCUCUGUACGGCUCUGCUGGUUUCUUCCCCAGGUUUUUGGCCGAUCUUUUGUCUGAUUCUCAUUUUAUCUCACGGCCUUCCUGUUUUAUUCAAAUAUACGUCAUUUACACGUACGCUUCUUGUGAGUUCACUAUUCUAGGCAUCAUGGCUUACGACAGGUUUGUGGCCAUCUGUCAGCCUUUGCACUACAGCAGCAAAAUGACAAUUCCAAAAGCGUUAUGUCUGUGGGCUGCUGGUGUUGUCUAUCCAGCAAUUUUCUGUGGAGUUUGCCUUUACCUCUCCAUUAAAUUGCCACUCUGCGGGUACAAACUCCACCGGAUCUUCUGCUCAAACUGGCCAGUCGUUCAAAUUUCUUGCGUGGACACUACGCUGAACAGUAUAGUCGGACAGUGUGCAACUCUGACCACGAUAUUCAUUCCGUUGUUAUUUGUGUUGUAUUCUUACAUGCGAAUUUUAAUCGUGUGCAAAACGGGUUCAUUGGAAACGCGGAGGAAAGCGUUGCAAACCUGCGUUCCUCAUUUGGUUACUUUCAUGACUUAUUCUACGUGUCUGUUUUGCGAGCUUUCCAUGUCUCGAUUUGACGGAGACAAAGUGAAUCCGUAUGUGGUCGCUGUUUUGUCCUUGGAAUAUCUUGUAAUCCCGUCAUUGAAUAAUCCUUUUAUAUACGGGCUCCAUCUCCCACAGAUUAGGACGGUCAUUUUUAGACAUUUUAAAAUAAGACAACAAAAGGGAGUUCAAAUUUAA